AUAUGUGAUACUCGCUACUGCUGAUUUGUGCAAGCAUCAUUACUUAUAAUGGAAGACUUUGAGGCUGAGGACCCUUUAGUACCAUUGGUAGAACCUAUUGAUAUCUCAGGUCUGCGGGUCUCUAGUGACAGGAGUGGGGUAGCCAGUCAUGGAGUAGAGUUUGAAACCAGUGUUGAUUUUAAUGAACCUGAGGAAAAAGAUGUCAAAUUCAAGGCUGAGGACAUUUACAAUAAUCGCUUUCUACCUGAUGAUGAUGACAGUGAUGCGGAGGAUGAGGAUGAGUCAUCUCCCUUUGAGAGAAUGAUUAGAAAGAUGAAAGACAUUUCACCCAAUAAUGAUGGCAUGGUGUACAAAAAAAUCAUGCAGCAAGGAAGUGGGAAUGUUGUACCGGAGGGAGCAAUUGUCAGAAUCCAUUACAAUGCUUUUCUGGAAUUUGGAGAUGAACCAUUUGAUUCCACACGUUUGAGAAACUGCCCUCAGAAAGUCAAGUUACAAACAGGUGGUAUGAUUCUUGGUCUGGAUUGGGCCGUGUCUACCAUGAAGAAGGGGGAGCUGGCUCGUAUCAUAAUUAGACCACAGUAUGCAUAUGGAGAAAUGGGAACACCCCCCAGGAUUCCCAAAGAUGCUACAGAACUAUUGUCUGAGGUAAUUGCUGUAAAUGAUGAUAUAGAACUAUUGUCUGAGGAGGAAAGACAGCAGAUUCCAUUUGAUGAUUUACUGAAAGCCUGUAAAUCAUACAAACAGGAAGCAAAACUACAGUUUGACAGUUCAAGUUAUAGAAGAGCUGCUAUAUAUUACAAUAAGGCUGUUAGAAUGCUAGAGAGGGCACAUCUGAAAAAUGAAGAGGAAGAAGACAAACAUCAGAAGUUACUACUCCAGCUCUAUCUGAACCUGGCCAUAUGUUGUACCAAGAUGGCUGAACCCAAACGCUGCAUCAAGUGGUGCAAGAAGACCCUGGAGAUUUGUCGUGGAGACAAAACAGCUAAGAUCAAAGCUCUGUACCAUUAUGGCAAGGCAUUACACAAUCAGUCGUAUUUUGAUCAGGCUGAGGAGAAACUUAAACAAGCCCAGAGAUUAAACAGUGGAAACAUGUCUGUCAAUAGGGAACUAGCUGCUCUGGAGAGAUCUAGACAGAAAUUUAAAAUGGUGGAAAUAGAGACUUGUAAAAGGAUGUUUUCUCAGCCACAGGGCAUCACCGAUGAAGAAAAAGAUAAAGAAAACAAAAGGCACCAGGAAGCAGAGGAGAGGUGUAUGGAAGUGUCAGAAAAAUUCCGCAGAGAUGCAAUCAAAUAUCUAAGUGACUUUAAAAAUGACCCGGAUGUGACAGAGAUUCCGUUCACAUCAUACAAGCUGACAUUUGGAGAAAUAGCUUGUAUGGUUGAAGAAGCUGACAGGCUGGGUCUCAAAGCUGUGGAAGUAGGAAGUGGACAGAACUCGAAAAUCAAAAUAGUGAAGAAGAGGAGUCAGGAAGGUUAUUAAUGAUCCUCCUGAUGGAGCCUACCACAAAGUGUUCAAUACUCACGGGUCUACAUACAGAAAGGACAGCUUCUACUGAUUGUUAAUGUGAUGUGGAAAACCUCUUGUUAAAAACCAACUUGGCAAAAUAGCCAUUGUUUUGUAUUAAUUUGGAAUGUUUUACACUUUCAAUCUCUUGUUUAAGGCAUUAUUUCUUUAUGGUUGUGUGAGCUUAUGUAGUUACUGGUAUUUCAGAAUUUCUGUCAUUGUUUGACAAGUCUACUCUAGAUAAUAUCAUUGUCUGUAUAGAAUAAAUUCUUGUGACAUUGAAUAUUACUUGAUAAGAAUCUCCAGUCAUUUCAUCAUUUAGAAAUAAAUAUUUACUUUGUAAGAUCAACAGUAUUUGUGUUUUUAGCAGUUUUAUUACCUGUAUAUAAUUUGUAACAGAAUUUUAGAUAUGUAAAUCUAGUUAAUCUUAGUCUAGUUAUGAGGGUGUUUAUUAUAUAGAUGUACUUUUUAUACAGAUCUGUAUCAAUGUAGUCUGAAAGGAAUGACUUUUGAAAGGUUUAAAAGUACAUUUAGUUUUUCAAAAAGAAACAAAAACAAAAAAGAAGAUAAAACAAAUAAAGGAAACAAAGUCUUUAGGAUAUCAGUAGUAUAUUGUGUCUCUAGUCAUUAUUAAAAUUGUUAAAAACAUACAAUGUAGUUUAUUUGUUAAACAACUUGUAUUUGGCAGUUCUGUUUUAAUUGUCAAAAGUUUAUGAAACCCAAGGUAGGGUAGUUAUGGUUACAUUUUCAAUAAUCCUUUGCAUUUUUUAUCUUUAAUCAUAUAAUUAAUUGUAAGUGGUAGCAAAACUAAGGGAUUUUAUAUAUAUUAAGUGUUCAUGACAUGAAAAUUUUGAUAAUUUUUAUCAUACGACCAAAUCUGAUAUAGAAUCCAUCUCUUUUUUUGUAUGUACAUACAAUUGUAAUGGUGGUGUUUUUGUAUAUUUUGUUUUGCAAUUUCCAAGGCAGCAAAGGUUCAAAUCAUAGUUUUUCACAUCAAGUUAUGUUCCCAGUUUUUAGUAACAUUUAAUAAAGUGCAUUUGAUAUUUACUUUUAAAAAUACAUGUGUCAUAAAUCCAAAA